AUGAAAUGGACUGCUCGUCUACUUCUUGGUAUUGCCGGUUGUGGUGGUACUGGUGUGGAUCCCUGUCGAUUGCAUUGUGAAGCACGACUAGCAGGAGAUUUACUCCGGUCCAUCGCUGGGAAGGGGAUGAAGGAGGCAGAUGAGUUGCUCUCGAUUGAGAAUGGCUCUGCUGACUUCAACAUCAUUUCCUCGUGUUUUACGACUCUUGAGGAGUAUUCUGCCCAACGAUGUGAACACUGGUGUUAUGGUGGUUCUAGUUUGGUGUGCUUUGUAGAUGCUUCCCCAGUUGGUUACGGGUGGUGUAUCAAGGUUGUGAAUGGUACGGUCCCUAUAUCUGAUAUUAUUCCGGAACUCUCUAAGCCAAAUACAGAGGUGUGGGAUUUGGCAGAGCAGGCUGGCAUAUGGCUGAGUACUAAAGCACAACGGAGCUGGCAUAUCAACAGGAAGGAGCUUGCUGCUAUUGGGAAGCUCAUGCUGUAUUUGCAUGGGAUGUUGUGUAGCCAUAGGACGAUUGGGCCCCCGAUUUCAUCAAUCUUCGUAUAUGCGGAUUCUCAGACAGCUCUACGGUGGAUGGAAAAUCGUGUUGGUGCUAAGUCUAUUGAGAAGGUUGCUGUACAAAGGUUAGUAUGUUGUAUAAAUGAGUUGGUCUCGGAUAUUCGUGCCAGUGGUAUAACUGUUACCUAUGGUAAAGUUGAGGGUGCUCUGAACCCUGCUGAUCGCCUCAGUAGACUGGUUGAGAAGUGGGGUCUUACUGCUUCUUUGGGUCUUGAUGAUGUGGAGCCAGAGAGUCUCCUUUUACAAGCCGUAUUGGACACGGACGAAGCCAGUGAUGGUGAUUUGGGGUCCUCUUUGAAGUUUCCUUUGAUACACUAA